AUGGCUAAACCUAAUAAGCCUAAGAGAGAUUUACGACAUGCGAAAAGGGACAAGGAAGAGGCUGAACUCAAAAAGUUGGAGGUGGCAAUUCAGGAGUAUGAUCCGAUAGUAGAUGAGAAAAAUGCAUCUCGCUUCAGUGAUCUUCCAAUAACAAGUCAGACAAUCAGAGGUCUCAAGGAGGCAGGCUUUAUAUCUAUGACUGAUAUUCAGAAAAAGUCUAUCCCAAUUUCUUUAAAGGGCGAGGAUGUCAUGGGAAUGGCACGAACGGGAUCUGGAAAAACUUUAGCCUUCUUAAUUCCAGUCAUUGAGUCCUUAAUUAGAAAUAAAAUUACUGAAUAUGAUGGAUUAGCUGCUCUAAUAAUAUCGCCCACCAGAGAAUUAGCAGUCCAAAUUUUUGAAGUUUUGACCAAAAUUGGGAAAUAUAACACAUUUUCUGCUGGUCUAGUAACAGGUGGUAAAGAUGUGAAAUUUGAGAAAGAGAGGAUAUCGAAAAUGAGUAUUUUAAUCGGAACGCCAGGGAGGAUUUCUCAACAUUUGAACGAAUCAGUAGGGAUUGAAACUUCGAACUUGCAGCUACUUGUCUUAGAUGAAGCCGACAGAUGCUUAGAUAUGGGUUUCAAGAAGUCUAUUGAUAGUAUCUUGGGUCACUUACCUCCAACUAGACAAACACUACUUUUUUCUGCAACACAAUCAGAGAGUGUAAAAGAUUUAGCUAGAUUAUCUUUAACAAACCCUAAAAGAAUCGGUAUCUCAUCUGAUACUGUUCUCUCCUCAACACCAGAGUCGUUAAAUCAGUACUAUAUUCGAAUUCCGCUAGAUGAAAAAUUAGACGUUUUAUGGUCUUUUAUCAAGUCACACUUAAAAAGCAAAAUUUUGGUGUUUUUUUCAUCUUCUAAGCAAGUACAGUAUGUCUAUGAAACCUUCAGGACAUUGCAACCAGGUAUUUCAUUGAUGAAACUUUAUGGCAGACAUCGUCAAAGCACCCGUUUGGAGACGGUGUCUAAAUUUUCUCGAGCACAGCAAGCAUGCUUGUUUGCAACUGACAUUGUAGCUAGAGGUUUAGACUUUCCCUCUAUUGAUUGGGUAGUCCAAGUAGACUGUCCUGAAGAUGCAGCUACCUAUGUUCAUAGAGUUGGACGAGCAGCAAGGUUUGGUAAGAAGGGAGAAUCUCUUUUGAUGUUACUUCCCCUGGAAGAAGAGGGAAUGCUAAAACAGCUUAAUAGUCAUAAAGUUGAUAUAAAACUAAUGAACAUUAAGCAAAAGAAUAAAAAAACUAUUAGACCUCAGCUACAAUCUAUUUGUUUUAAGGAUCCCCAGGUAAAAAACUUGGGCCAACGAGCUUUCAUCUCAUAUUUUCGAUCUGUUUAUAUUCAAGGGGAUAAAUCUGUGUUCAAUAUUGAAGAAUUACCAGCAGAAAGGUUUGCGGCAUCUUUGGGAUUACCAGGCGCUCCUAAAAUCAAAAUAAAAAAUGGAUUGGGCAACAAAGAAAAGAAAAAUGCUUCUCGUCAGUUCUUGGCACUUUCCAAUGGAGCCAAUCUGGAUAUCAUCGACGACCAGAAAAAGGUGAGAACAAAAUAUGAUCGAAUGUUUGAGCGAAAGAGUCAAACCAUUUUGUCAGAAAAUUAUUUAAGUCUCAUUAAAGACCAACCAAAAGAGGAUGAACAGGACGAUGAUGAUGAUUUCAUGAACGUCAAGCGUAAAGAUCAUAAUUUAAAUGAAAUUGAAUUGCCAGACAUGAAUAUCCCUGUUUCUAAAAGACAAGGCAAAAGAGCCUUGUCUAAAAAAUUGUCUCUCAAGUCUAAAGGAAAUCCUACUAAAAUGAUAUUUGACGAUGAUGGUAAGGCUCAUCUGAUUUAUGAGCUCGAGGAUGAAGAAGAAUUCGUUCUUCAGGGAGAUGCAAGAUCGCAGAAAGAUGCAUACGUUGCAAAAGAAAGCGCAUUAAUGAAUAAUGCAGAUAUUCAGGAUAAGAUGACAGCAUCAGAGAAAAAGAAGGAAAAGAAAAGAAGACAGAAAGAGAGGGAAAGAAAAGAAGAAGAGGAUUUUAUAUCUGAGGACUCAGAAAGCGAUCGUGUCGACCUUGAACGUGAUAUGUAUCAUCUGGAAGGAGAGGAGACACUUCCGAAGAAAAAGAAGCCCAAGUGGUUUGAAGGAAAUGAAAUACUUGAGGGAAAUAAAGGGAAUAUUGUGGAUGUUGAAGAACCACAGACAUUGGAAGACUUAGAAGCCCUUACAGCUCAAUUAAUUGAGCGCUAA